UUAGCUGGAGCUGGGGAGGAACAGCCGGGAUCAGAACUAACACUUCUCCCCUCUCUUGAUCUGUACAAUUAGUCUGCUUGGCUCAGGAAAGAUGGAGGAGAACAAAGAAAACGACCUUCAGCCUCCAGUACCUCAAUCUUAUGCAGCAACUGUAGCCAGACAAAGUACAGUGCCUUCAACUUCGACCAUGCCAGGUUACUCGGAGGACGGUGGAGCCCUGCGUGGGGAGGUUAUCCCAGAGCACGAGUUUGCAACUGGACCAGUCUGUCUGGACGACGAGAAUGAGUUUCCUCCUGUGAGCAUUCGGGACCCCUAAACCUGCAGUGCAGCCCUCAUGCUAAGAAGGCAGAAUCUCUCCCAGAAGAGAUUCCAUUGCCCCCCUCCUUGUCCCAGCUCACUGGGAAACCUAAAAUAACUGAAUGGGUUCUAGGGACAGUGCCAGGAAAAUGACACCUCCACUAAACAGCAGCUGGGGAUGGGGCAAAAACAAUCAAACCUAAGCAGAGAUAGAUCUGAACAAACUUGCUGAAUGGUGUUCAGAUCCAGACCUAACCUUUGUGCCUUGAGCAGAUUCCUAAUAUUACCAGGAAUAGUUUUAAUUGGAACAAUUUAGAAAUAAAAACUUAAUACCCUGUUGCAUUUUCA